GAAAAACCGUGUUACUACACGUGUAUUUGUGAUUGUAAUGGUGGUGAAGAGUCGAAGAAAUUCUUUUUUAGUCCAAAUACACAAAAUGGAGACACAGUGCUGGCGUAAUCCAUACUGUAAAUAGUUGAUUUGCAAUUUGGGGAGAAGGAGACACACCCCAUUUCAUUUCCUUUCAUUGGCUUUUUAAAAGCAGACAGACUUCCCAUAUUUCGCCUUUACCAUCUCUCUCUCUCUCUCUCCCCAUUCACAUGUAUACUCAAUCCCUUACAUUCAAACAUUGUUGCUACUGAUCCAUUGUUUACUUCAGAGUUAGAGGUAGCGCCACUUUGCUUACAUUGCAUGAUCUGCGAGUAUUAAUUGUGGGAAAGAUUUCAAUAUGACGAGGUUUGCCCGAGGAUUUAGUUACACGGUGCAAAAGGAUGCUGUCUCACCAGUGUCAGCAGAUGUGGUUUUUGCCUCUAGUCGUUUCCCACGAUAUAGAAUUGGAGUGAACAAUCAGAUUGUCGAGGUUAAAGAGGAUUUAAACACGCUGUCUACCAAAGACUUGGUUGCUCGAGAGAAUGCAUUGUUUCUGGAGCAGCAGCAGCGCCUCUCUGUACGUGAUCUUGCUAGCAAAUUCGAGAAGGGUCUGGCAGCUGCUGCAAAGCUAUCUGAUCAGGCAAGACUUAAAGAGGCAGCUUCGUUGGAGAAGCAUGUGAUUCUGAAGAAACUCAGGGAUUCACUCGAAGCUCUGAGAGGCCGAGUUGGUGGCAAGAACAAUGAUGAUGUGGCAGAAGCUAUAGCUAUCGUCGAAUCCCUAGCAGUUCAGUUAACUCAGAGGGAAGGAGAGCUUAUUCAAGAGAAGGCUGAAGUGAAAAAGCUUGCGACUUUUCUAAAGCAGGCUUCUGAAGAGGCUAAGAAGCUCGUCGAUGAAGAACGAGCUUUCGCAAAGGCGGAAAUUGAGAAUGCUAAAGCCGCAGUUCAGAGAGUGGAAGAAGCUCUUCAGGAACAUGAACAGAUGUCUAGAGCUGCAGGAAAGCAGGACUUGGAUGAGUUGAUGAAGGAUGUUCAAGAGGCUAGACGGAUCAAAAUGCUGCAUCAGCCUAGUAGGGUCAUGGACAUGGAACAUGAGCUGCGUGCAUUAAGGAAUCAGCUUGUGGAAAAGUCGAAGCAUUCACUGAAGCUCCAGAAAGAGCUGGCAAUAAGCAAGAAGGGCGGCGGAAACUUGCUCCGUUUAUACGAUAUAGAUGGUACUGAGGCACUGGGUUCUUGUCUGCGGAUAUAUCCUUGCUCUGAUAGUGCUCCAGAACUUUCGGAAUGCACUAUUCAGUGGUUCCGCUCAACUUCUGAUGAUGGAAAGAAGGAACUUAUAUCAGGGGCCACCAAAUCUGUAUAUGCUCCAGAACCUUUUGAUGUUGGACGAGUACUGCAAGCGGAUAUCUUGACUGAUGAUCAGACUAUAACUGUAUCAACUUCUGGUCCUAUUGAUCCAGCUGCAGGUUUGGGAAACUACGUAGAAGCAUUGGUGCGAAGGCAUGACACUGAAUUCACUGCUCUACUUAUCCAGAUGAAUGGAGAAGAUCAUCCUUCACAGUCGAUCCAUGCGCUACAUAUAGGAAAGAUGAGAGUAAAACUCAGCAAAGGGCAAACAACGAUAGCUAAAGAGUACUAUUCCAAUUCAAUGCAGCUUUGUGGAAUUAGAGGUGGUGGGAAUGCUGCAGCUCAAUCGGUAUAUUGGCAAGUGAAGGCGGGAUUGUCCUUCAUCUUAGCAUUUGAAUCAGAACGAGAAAGAAACGCAGCCAUCAUGCUGGCAAGAAGAUUUGCAUUUGAUUGCAAUAUAACGCUUGCUGGGCCGGACGACAGAACUGGUGAAGGAAAUUGCUGAACUUACCAGAAAAGUUAUAUCUUAGCCAUGAUUAGAGUUUCCUUUAUCUCGGUAUGCCUUUUUCUAUUUUCCAAUGAAUAUAUCUGAAUUUUAUAAUUUCGGUUGUGUUAGUAGCUUGGUUGCCUUGUUCCUAUUUGUCCCAUUUUUUUGUUUUAUUGAUUUAUUCCGAAUUGAAUGGCAUUAUGAUAGAAUGGUAGCUGUAUUGGGAGAGAUACCUGAUUGUGACUAUUGUUGUAAUGACUGUAGUUUGUGUAUUGCAACGAAGUAAUAUAUGUUUAAUCUUACCUAUUAAAAA